AUGCUCACGCAUCACGUGGCUACAACGAUUUCGAGCAAUCACCAGCAGCUCGAUCGUCAUGUCAUUUAUGCGAGGAUCUUUCCGUUGGUUAGAGCCGAUGCAGUAGUUACGAUAAAGUGUUGUAAGAAGCUACUAAAACAACCUACGGAUUCAAGCCUAGUUACAGGAAGGUUUGGAUGGCAAAAUAGAAGGCAGUUGCACAGAUCUACGGGGAUUUGGGAAGAGUCGUAUGCCGAGUUAUCCCGUUGGAUCCUUGGUGUGCAAUCCACGAUGGAUGGAACCAUGGUGUUGUUGAAAACUUUUCCGGUACGUAACGCUGAUCAGGUUGAUGAAUCUACUGUGUACUUUCAUCGUCUUUUUUGGACAUUUCCUCCAUGCAUUAAGGCAUUUCGACAUUACAAGCCACUGAUCAACAUCAACGGGACUCACUUGUAUGGGAAGUACGACGAUACUUUGCUUCUGGCUAUUGCACAAGAUGAGGGUAUUCUAGUGAUCUCUGACAGGCACAAUGGCAUUAAGGCUACACUGGAGGCACCUGACAUUGGUUGGCUACCACCUCAUGCAUAUCGAGCAUUUUUCAUUCGCCACGUUGCAGCUAAUUUCGGCCUCAGUUUCAAGGAUCAGGAUGCGAGACAGCUACUUGUGAAUGCAGCUUAUACCAAGACUAAGGCAGAGUUUGACUAUUGGUUUGAUAUUAUGAGGAAUGAAAAUCCGACCAUGUGUGAUUGGACAAAUUGA